AUGUCUGCAGUUUCAAGUCACGCAGAGGUGCAGAGCCUGCUGCGCUUCUUGACGAAGGAUGCGAGGCUCCCGCUGGGCGAAGCAAUGUCGAUGAUCGGUCCUUUGAAAAAAUUACAGCUGCUUUCGCCUGAAGCUGUAGCUCAAGCGCAACACGCCGACCUCAAGGUCGUAUUUACUGAUGACAAGAUCUUGAAACAGGUCGUGAAUGCUGCAAAGCGUGUAUCGAACCCCACCAAGCGCGGGCCGGGCAAACGUCGUGCUGUUCCUCGACACAGCGAUGCUUCCAACACCGCAGAUGAGGAAGCUGCGUUAGCCCUUCCUACCGCCGAGGUGACUGAGGAUGACCUGAGCACCAUUCGCAUUGAGACGAAUCGAGCCCCGCUCUUCCUAGCUUUUGCUCUUACAGUAUUGGCCUACACGCAGGCAGACCAGCCACUAUCAAGCAGACUAUCUCUAGCGCAGGCAGUCGUGAGUGCCGGUGCCCAGAGCAAAGCAAAAUAUAUCGGCCUCACAACAGACAGAACAGCAGAGGAGGAUGGAUGGGCACAAGGGCAGCCUAAGAUCCGUAUCAUGGGCCGUGACAUUGCUGUGAUGAGAAGACAUGUUCCCGUUCCUGCUGCCACAUCCGAUGACAGCCAGGAGACUAUCAGAGCCGUCGAGCCUUCUCAUAACUCAUUCUGGGGUAUUGACCUCGAUGCCCUGCGCAAGGCCAACGGGCCACUGAUCGCUGAUAAAAACACCAAGAGCCCGGCUGGUCCGCCGAUACAUACACCGCAGGCUGCGAGGCAAUAUCUACUUAAGUCUAUGUUGGUCAUUGAGAAUGGUGAGAACGGAGGCGAACAACAGUCGCCAAAUUCCAAGAAAGUCAAGAAGCCGACCGCAGCAGAGAUAAUGGCCAGGAAACAGGAAGCAGCCGCGAUGGUACUCAAAGCUAUUGACAUUGUCUGCAACUCCUGGAAGGACACAUUGACAACUGACGAGCUCGACCGACGAGCACAGAACUGGUAUGCUCUGGUGAGACCCGAUGUCGAGCAAGGCAAAGCUGGCUGGGGCCAGCGCGGGCAAGUUGAACUCGCCCAAAUCUUGAGACUCAAACGAACGCCAUAA